AUGCCCCAGCCCGGCUCAUGGCUGGUGGCAUCCCCGCAGAAGUGGCAGGAUCAGUGUUGUGGGGGAUUGAGCUCUGGCCAGUCUGCACUGGGCACCCAAAUGGAAUCUGAAAGUUACAGCCACAUGGCCAGCUCUUCCCCUUCUGCGGUUUCCUUGCCUUCUCAAGCUCAGCAAAACUUGGGGAUCAUGACAUAAUUUCCCUGGUAUGAUGCACUCAUUAUCUUUCCUUGAAACACUGUGCCCACCCAGCAGCCAGGAAUAAAAGGAGAGCAUCAACACUGGGGCUGAGCAUCGUGCAGUGAGCUUUGCAGACCCCAGCUCCAGCCCUGCUUGCGGAUCCCUCGGCCCCCACAGCACCAUGAAGGUCCCCACGGCUGCCCUCAUCACUCUCUUCCUCGUGGCCUCCUGCUCCCUGUCCGAGGCACAUCUUGACGGCGUCCCCACAUCCUGCUGCUUCAGCUACCAGCAACGCCCUGUCCCGCGGGCUCUCAUCGCAUCCAUCUACACCACCAGCAGCAGCUGCACCCAGCCAGGGGUGAUCCUGGUCACCAAGAAGAAGAAGGAGCUGUGCGCAGACCCCCAGGUGCCCUGGGUGAAGGCACACCUCAAGCACUUCCAGCCUCAGAAUAACUGACCGUUCCCUGUGGCCAACCACGAUGGCCCCGCUGCUUCCCCUGGCGAGCCUGGUGCCCAGCCCCGGGCACACAAGACAGGACUUCAGCUGCAACCUUCUUCAGCAGGAAAAUGUAUUCUCUUUAACUUAUUUAAGUUAAAUUAAAUAUUUUUUACUAAGAAAAAGGAAAGUACAAAAAUAAUUUAAACUAUAUCAAAAUAAUUUAAACUAAACUA